CAAAUUUCAUAUUGUCUGUCAAGUUUAAGGGGUUUCAAUCUGAAAAAUCCUCUGUCUCCCUUCCCAACCGCUCUUUUUUCUACAUUCCACUUCAGAUCUUGACUGAAUUUCGUCCAAAAUUCUCCGGUUUCUAGGGUUUCAAUACGGUCACAAUGCACAUCAAAGAGGUUUGUUUAGAGGGAUUCAAAUCAUACGCUACAAGAACAGUCGUUCCAGGUUUCGAUCCCUUUUUCAACGCCAUAACCGGAUUAAACGGAUCCGGGAAAUCGAACAUUCUCGAUUCCAUUUGCUUCGUGUUAGGUAUAACGAACUUGCAGCAGGUUCGAGCUUCGAAUCUACAGGAGUUGGUGUACAAGCAAGGACAAGCUGGUAUCACGAAGGCGACCGUGUCGGUUGUGUUUGAUAACUCCGAUAGGAGUAGAAGCCCACUUGGAUACGAAGAUUGCCCCGAAAUUACUGUUACUCGCCAGAUUGUGGUAGGUGGGAGGAACAAAUACUUGAUCAAUGGACAUCUUGCUCAACCAAGUCGAGUGCAAAAUCUUUUUCACUCAGUUCAGCUAAAUGUCAACAAUCCACAUUUUCUGAUUAUGCAAGGGCGCAUUACCAAGGUAUUAAACAUGAAACCUCCUGAAAUAUUGUCCAUGCUUGAAGAAGCAGCUGGAACAAGAAUGUAUGAAACCAAAAAAGAUGCUGCUUUGAAGACCCUUGAGAAAAAGCAGGGUAAAGUUGAUGAGAUCAACAAGCUUCUUGAUCAGGAAAUACUCCCUGCACUAGAAAAACUAAGGAAAGAGCGAAUGCAAUACAUGCAAUGGUCCAAUGGGAAUGCAGAAUUAGAUAGACUGAAAAGGUUUUGUAUUGCUUAUGAAUAUGUAGAAGCAGAAAAAAUUCGAGACAAUGCAGUUCAUGGUGUUGAAGAGGUAAAAGCCAAGAUAACUGAGAUUGACAGUAAUACAGAGACAAUGCAAACAGAGGUACAAGAAAUGGAGGUGAAUGUAACAAAGUUAACUGCCGAAAAAGAUGCAACCAUGGGUGGGGAGGUUAAGGCUCUGUCAGAUAAAGUUGAUGCUAUUUCUUGUGAUCUUGUGAAAGAAACUUCUGUUUUGAAAAAUCAAGAGGACAAUCUCAACACGGAGAAAAAGAAUGUUGUAAAGAUUGAAAAAAAUCUUGAAGAACUGAAGCAGUCUGUUGAAGAUAGAGCUAAUGCUGUAAAAAGUGCAGAAGAUGGAGCAGCUGAUUUGAAGAAAAGAGUUGAAGAGCUAAAAAAGAGUUUAGAAGAACAUGAAAAAGAGUACCAGGGUGUAGUUGCUGGUAAAAGCAGUGGUAAUGAAGAGAAGUGUCUUGAAGAUCAAUUAGGAGAUGCCAAAGUGGCAGUUGGAAAGGCAGAAACCGAGUUGAAGCAGUUGAAAACAAAGAUAAGUCAUGGUGAAAAGGAGCUAAAAGAGAACACAACUAAGUUAUUAUCAAAGCGCGAUGAAGCUGUUUCUGUUGAAAAAGAGCUCAAAAUCAGACAGAAAGAUGUAGAAAAUGUUGAAAAGGCUUUGAAAUCUUUAUCAUAUGAGGAAGGACAGAUGGAAGGUUUACAAAAGGACCGAAUGGUGGAGUCAGAAGCAGUACAUAAGAUAAAAGAGGAAAUACGAAUGAUUUCUUCACGUUUAGGGAACAUUGAGUUCUCUUAUCGUGAUCCUGUGAAGAACUUUGACCGGUCAAAAGUCAAAGGCGUGGUUGCAAAGCUUAUUAAAGUCAAAGAUAGCUCAACUAUGACUGCAUUGGAGGUUUGUGCAGGUGGGAAGUUGUUUAAUAUUGUGGUGGACACUGAAAAUACAGGAAAACAACUUUUACAAAAUGGUGAUCUUAGAAGAAGAGUGACAAUUAUUCCUUUGAAUAAAAUCCAAAGCCAUCCUGUACCUUCUAGAGUUCAAACUGCUGCUACUAAACUGGCAAGUAAAGGCAAUGCUGAGGUGGCGCUUUCAUUGGUUGGUUAUGAUGAUGAACUCCAGACUGCAAUGGAAUAUGUGUUUGGUGCAACUUUUGUCUGUAAGACCAGUGAUGCUGCAAAAGAGGUUGCAUUUAAUCGCCAAGUUAGUACGCCUAGUGUGACAUUAGAAGGUGACAUAUUUCAACCAAGUGGUCUCCUGACUGGUGGUUCUCGCAAAGGUGGAGGUGAUCUAUUAAGGCAACUACAUGCUCUAGGAGAGGCUGAAUCAGAAUUAUCAUUACAUCAAAAACGACUAUCAGAAAUCGAAUCAAAGAUUAAUGAGCUUCUUCCACUUCAAAAAACUGAGCAGAAUGAGCAUCAUAAGCUUAGUGAAACAGUAAAAAGAAUCGAGCAAGAGCUUGCAGAAGCUAAAUCUGGUGUUAAUGAAAAGCAAGCACUUUAUAAAAAAUGUGUAGCUGAAGUGACAAAUCUUGAAAAGUCAAUUAAAGACCAUUCCAGUAAUCGGGAACGUAUGCUCAAAGAUUUAGAAAAGAAGAUUAAGGAUGUGAAAAAAAAUAUGCAGUCAGCUUCAAAGGACCUCAAGGGGCAUGAAAAUGAAAGGGAGAAGCUUAUAAUGGAAGCCGAGGCAGUUAAACAAGAACAGGCGUCUUUAGAGAAUCAGUUGGUUUCUUUUGAGAAGCAGAUUAGUGUGUUGACUGCUGAAGUGGAUGCACUGAAGACCAAGGUUAUUUCACUGAAAGAUGAACAUAGUGAAGCACAACGUGAGCUAAAUGCAGCGCGUAAGAAGGUGAAGGAGUGUGACUCACAAAUCAGUCGAAUUCUUAAAGAUGAGCAAAAACUUAGAAAUAAAAUGGGUGAGAAAAAUCUUGAGAGGAAAAAGUUAGAAAAUGAGGUGAAACGUAUGGAAAUGGAACAGAAAGAGUGUUCAUCAAAGGUUGAUAGAUUGAUUGAGAAGAAUUCUUGGAUAAAUUCUGAGAAACAACUUUUUGGAAGAAGUGGAAGUGAUUAUGAUUUCACAUCCCGUGAUCCACAUAAAGCAAGGGAACAUUUUGAAAGUCUCCAGGCUGAACAAGCAGGGCUUGAGAAGAGGGUGAACAAGAAAGUUAUGGCCAUGUUUGAGAAGGCAGAAGAUGAGUACAAUGACUUGAUAUCCAAGAAAAACAUUAUUGAGAAUGACAAGUCAAAGAUUAAGCUGGUGAUUGAAGAGCUUGAUGAGAAGAAAAAGGAGACACUGAAAGUGACAUGGGUUAAAGUGAACAGUGAUUUUGGAUCUAUAUUUUCGACGUUGUUGCCUGGAACAAUGGCAAAGCUAGAACCACCAGAGGGAGGGACAUUUUUGGAUGGAUUAGAAGUGCGGGUGGCAUUUGGGGGUGUUUGGAAACAGUCAUUAUCAGAACUUAGUGGUGGACAAAGAUCUCUACUUGCACUUUCUUUAAUUCUAGCACUGCUGCUUUUCAAACCAGCCCCACUUUAUAUUUUGGAUGAGGUUGAUGCAGCUCUUGAUCUAAGUCAUACACAGAACAUUGGGCGGAUGAUCAAGGCUCACUUUCCACAUUCUCAGUUUAUUGUGGUUUCUUUGAAAGAAGGGAUGUUCAACAAUGCGAAUGUGCUUUUUCGUACAAAAUUCGUGGAUGGUGUUUCUACUGUUCAAAGAACAGUUGCAUCAAAGAAGAUGGUGAUAAUGGAGACUGUUGAAGACUUUGACACUAUAGACGUGGAACUUGAUGAGCUAUUCAGAAAGCAACAAAAGCGUCAAUGCAAAGACGACUUCUUGAACAUGCUUUGUGAAGAAGGGCUAGAAGAUUGCAUCAUUCCCGAGGUUCACAUUGAUGAAAGCGAUGGAGAUGAGUCCCUUGAUUUGAACCCUGAAGAUGAGACAUAUGAUGAAGAAGGUGCUUCGCAAAAAGGGUUAAGUGAAAAAUAG